AUGGCUGGAAAGAGACGAGGCCGAGGCAGCAACGUCCAGCAACAACAGGCCCCGCAGAACCAAAGAGGAGGCCCUCGCAGGGCUUUGCGGGAGCCAGCUGCUUUUGCCAAGUCUACAGGUUGUGAUUCAGAGAUCCCCCAAGACAAGUUGACUAUUGCCCAAGCACGGAGGGGAACACCAGCUCAUCGUCCGGUGCGAGUCUACGCUGAUGGGAUCUUUGAUCUUUUCCAUUCGGGGCAUGCUAGAGCUUUGAUGCAGGCCAAAAAUGUGUUCCCCAACACACACCUGAUAGUAGGAGUGUGCAGUGACGAACUCACCCACAAGUUUAAGGGCUAUACGGUGAUGACAGAGGAUGAACGCUACGACGCCCUGAGGCACUGCCGUUACGUUGAUGAGGUGGUGCGGGACGCUCCCUGGACCCUUUCCACAGAGUUCCUCCAGAAACAUAAGAUUGACUUUGUGACCCAUGAUGAUAUCCCUUACACCUCUGCUGGAUCAGAGGAUGUUUAUAAACACAUCAAGGAAGCAGGGAUGUUCGUGGCCACUCAGAGGACAGAAGGCAUCUCCACAUCUGACCUGAUCACUCGUAUCGUCCGUGACUAUGACAUCUAUGUUCGACGCAACCUGCAAAGAGGCUACUCAGCCCGAGAUCUGAAUGUCGGAUUCAUUAAUGAGAAAAAAUACCGGCUCCAGGACCAGGUGGACAAGAUGAAAGAGACGGUCCGUACGGUGGAGGAAAAGUCCAAACACUUUGUCUACAGAGUAGAAGAGAAGAGCCAAGACCUCAUCCACAAGUGGGAAGAGAAGUCGCGAGAAUUCAUCAGCAACUUUCUGGAGCUUUUUGGACCUGACGGAGCCUGGCAUGUGAUUCAGGAGCGCAGUGGGCGUAUGCUCCAGGCCCUGUCACCUUACUCUUCACCCCGUGGCUCCCCCAGCAGCAGUCCCACCAGAAGACGCUCUGUUUCUCCAGACUCCUCCUCUGCCUUUGCCUCUUCCUCCUCUCUCUCCCCUCCUUCCUCCCCCUCCUCAUCUAAAAAGGCCACACGCUCCUCUCUUAAAGAUGCCUCCACAUAUGUACAAUGA